UUGUUUUGAACGGAACGCAUGUCAUAGACCAUUGUCGAUAUGAAAUUGAAUAUGGCGGACAAAAAUAACAAGAGCGCUAAAAGAUUAUUUUCGUUAUUCGAUAUAUUUUCAGUCCAGUGACGAUAAAGCUUUCGACGCUAGUGGUAUAAUAAAAACAGUUCUAUGUUUGUCAUAUUUAUUGGUUACUCAAAAUGUCGGCGGUAAGAGUUAAUAUAGAAAUCGGCCAUGAAGCUUCGCUGAAAUCUAAGAAAACGGCGGAGGGCUUUACUCACGAUUGGGAGAUUUUCGUGCGCGGCCAAGAGGGUACUGAUAUCAGCCACUUCGUUGAAAAAGUCGUUUUUAAACUUCAUGAAACUUUCCAAAAACCAAGGCGAGUUGUAAAAGAACCACCAUUUUCUAUAAAAGAAUCAGGAUAUGCAGGUUUUGUUUUACCAAUUGAACUAUACCUUAAAAACAAAGAUGAACCGAAGAAAAUAACAUUUGUUUAUGAUCUGACACUACAACAUGGUGGCUUUCUGAAGGAUAGAUAUAUUUUUGAAAAUCCAAAUGAGGAGUUCAAAAGAAGGCUUCUAAAGGGUGGUGGAAUAGUAGUUGACAAAAAUGCUUUCUAUACUAAUCCAGAUCAAGAGAGCAGAAGCAGAGAUUCCUUUACAGAUGAAAAGCCACAGAAUGUCAGUAAAAAUAAACAGUCAUCAGAUGCAAAGAAGCAUAAAUCAAAAGAAUUUAAAGAGGAACCUAAAACUAGCAGUUUUGAAAAUUUGUUUGGCCCUCCAAUACAGAAGCCACCAAAAGUGUCUCCAGACCCAAAAAAACUUGAUAAGAAUUUUACAUCAGCAAAAUCAGAUAAAAAAGAUAAAGAAAGGUCUUCUGAUAAAAAAGUGAAACAUGAGCAUAAAGAGUUUAAACCUGAUAAGCUCAAUAUUAAAGAAGACAAAUCAAAAGCAGAAAAAAAUAAAAAUCACAGUCGAGAACAGGAGCGAGUUAAAGAGAAAGCUACUAAAAGACAAAGUGAUAGACCUCCAACACCAGAAUCCGGAAAGAAAAAAUGUUUGAGCCCAAAUAGAAAACUUCCAAGUCCCAUGCCUAGGUCUAGUAGUGCAUCUAGUAUAAAAGACGAUUACAAAACGUCGAAAUACAGUUCUGAAAACAUGGACCAUAAGAAAACGAAAACUGAUGAAAGAAUACCUGAAAUUAAAAUAGAAAAAGAUGUUAAAGAGAAAAAGAAGAAAGAAAAAAAGAGCCAUGAUAGAGAUAAAGAAAGAAAAGAAAAGAAAGAACACAAGAAGGACAGCCAUAAAAACAAAGAGUCACCUAAGGAGCCUCUUAAAGAAUUACCCAAGGAAUUGACUAAAUCAAGAGAUAUUGUCAAAGAAAAAGAACUUGUUAAAAGUUCGCCUAUUAAAGAAAAACCUUUAAAGCCUGAGAAAACUAAAGAGAAUAUACGAAAAUCACCGCAGAUGCACGCAGAAAAUUCUGAGCGCCAUGAAAAUCACAAGUUGAAAGAAAAGAGUGAAUCUGAAAAAAAACACAAACACAAGAAGAAAGACAAAAAAAGAGAUGAAUCAAAAGAAAAGCACAAAGAAUCGAGCAAAGAUAAAAAGCAUAAACAUGAGAAAAUUCGUGAAAUACCCAUUGAAAAGUCCGAAGUUGUGGAACAUAGAGGAACUCCAAUGCAAAAAGAACGUCCUCUUCCUGAGCCGACAUCACCUAUAUCUAUAGAUACUGCAUCGCAAUGCAGUUCUAAAAGUGGCUUAAAUAAAGCUAUACUUAUUGGAACAGAAGACAUUCAUAGCAGUCAUUCAGAUUCAGAAGUUUCAAUAAUAGCUGAUGAAGAAGAUAUAAAGGUAAAAAUAGAGAACCCAUCGCCUAAGAUUACCAAAAGAGAGCCUUCCCCAGAACCUGAACCGGAGCUAGAGCCAGAGCCUGAAAUUGAGCCUGAACCAGAGCCUGUUGUUGAGGUACCCCCAGUUCAUCAAAAAGAAAAGUCCAAACGGCACAAAGACAAAUCAAAGAGGGAAGAAAAAAGACGAAAGAGGAAAGCUGCCGAAGAAGAAGAAGUAGAUAGCAGAAAAGUAGCCAAGACUUCUGAGUCAUCACGACUGUUAAAUGUUGAAACUGAACAUGGCGAAAGUAGUGGUUGUACGAUAGAGACCAAAGUACAAGAUAAUGGUGUUUCAAGUAGCCUCGGUGAAGAUGCUGAGCCAGGUGAUUUAUCGCCUGAUUAUAUGGUUCAACUCCGAGGAUUACAACAACGAAUAAUGACAAUCAAGAACAAUGAAGAUCUCGAAAGGGUUGUAAAUCUUAUAGCUGAGACUGGAAGGUAUGAAGUAACUACUCAAACAUUUGACUUUGAUCUUUGUUUGUUAGACCGUUCAACAGUGCAGCAAUUGAUACAACUUGUGGGUUGCUAGCUGUUAUAUAUGGGCAUUUCUAGAGCAUAAUAUGUAUAUAUUGCUUUAUGUAUUAAGGCAGUUGUACAAUAUAAAAUUUUAUAUACCAUAUAAUUAAGGACAAUUUUUUUUAUCAAUAUGAUGCUCUUUUACAAGUUGAAAUUGAUGCAAGAUAAAGAAAAGAGCAUUCGCAUGCAGAGAGCUACUAAUAUGCAUAAGAAAUAAUCUCAAAUGUAUUAACAGUUUUAUGUUCUUAUAAUAUUUGAAAUACUUUGUAAGUGCAAUAUUGUAUAGGUUAUAUAAAGUAUAAGACUGUUGAAAGAUUGUUAAAGGUGUUGUAUAUUUUGUACAUACAUAUUGUAUUGAUUUAUUAUAAUGUAAGUUAUUCAA